GAGCGCAAGAGGAAGAUUUGCGAAGACAAGCUCGAGGCUUAAGACAAGUACAUUGAGAACAUGAAUAAAGGAGUAGUGGAGCUAAAGAAGAACGUGAAUCUGUUGGUUCACAACGGGUUGGAGGAGCACAUUGGCAACUUCCUUGACUUCAGCACUUUUGAGAACAUCAUCAACCUCUAUCGACUGCUGACCGCAAUUUUGGCAUUCACCGACUAUAGAAAGAAGGUGAAGGCUCAGUAUCCGGAAGUGGACGUCACGACAGUCACCUUCGAGGGAUGCACUAUCUUUCCUCCAGCCUUUGAUGCUGAGUUUGUGGCCGUGGAGGAAGAGGAAGAAGUGCAAGAUGCUGAAGUUGAGGAUCAGGCAGACCCGGCCGAAGUCCAGCCUCCCAUAGUUCAUCUAGUUUCCUCUGACGAAGUGCACCCAGCUCCUCCUGAAGUAGAAGUGCUACCUCUGCCAGUUGGGGAUUAGCCACCUCCACCACCUCUUCCUAUUGAGGAGCAGCCUCUUUCUUCAGCAGAUUAGCUUAGGAUUUUCUAUUUUUGAGUUAUAUUUGUAAUGAACAUUUUUGUAAUUGAUUGUUUACUAAUUUAUAAAAUUUUUGAAGUUAUUUUUGGUGUUCAGUUUUGAUUUCUGAUUGUUGUUUUGUUUUAAGUAAAUCACUUUAGAUAAAAUAAAGUGACUUUAAUUAA